GCUCAGAAUAGGCUCAGACUGGAUUCUGCUGUCUGCUGCUUACAAACACUGAACCAGGACUACUGCUACACUCACAUCAGCUCUCAAGCUUACAGAAAGAAUGAAGGUCACCAUAAUCAUCUUUUUCCUGAUUGGAACUAUUUUUGCCAACCCAAUUUCAUUCAGUGCUGUUUUGCUAUCAAGCGAGCUUGACUCAAACUCGACCGAAAGUUUGUCUGUUUCACAAUCUUCUGAAAAUGACACCUCAGAGCUGAUGAGCUCUGAAGAAAAUAUCUCAAGUCAGAGUCAGAGUUCAGAGUCACAAUCAGUAGAAUCCACGUCAGAGGACACGACUUCAGAGGAGAGCAACAGUCUGUCAGAGGAGGAUGAUGAGACGGACUCUCUGGCAGAAACCAGGGAUGACAGCAUGGGCAGUGAGGAGAACGUUCGAAAGAGCUGGGUCCGAGUGUUCGCAAGUGUGAUCAAAAUACUGAGUGGAGAGGACAACAGCAGCAGCACAGAAGCCAAGGGUCCAUCCAUCGACCUCACUGAGAAGCAGCCCACUCACACGUCCACUGGCACCACUUUCAAACAGAGGACCAACAUGGCUCACACAGACCUACAGACUACCACAGACAGCAGUGACACAACCAGCGACAGCACAGACUCCAGCAAUGACACUGGGGAGACAGCCGUCACCAGUGACAGCAGCGAGAGCAACAGCAGAGAAAGCAACGAGACCAACGAGACCAGUGAGGACAGCGACAGCAGUGAUGCCAGCAAAAGUUCAGAAGAGAGUAAUGCCAGUGACAGCAACGAGCUGAAACAACUCAAAGACUGUGUGAACGGGACACAGAGCUGCGAAAGUGAAGAGUAUUUCUUCCAGGACAUCGGAGACGAUGCCCAUUACUCAGUGGACAAUCUGAUGGUUCCAGAUGACGAUGAAAGGGAGUUUGUUUUAAGGAGAUGAUGACAUGCACUUGCGCAGUUUUGUAUGAUCCCAACUAUGAACUACAACACCAUCAAAUGACCUGCCUGAAGACUUCAGAAUGACAUAUUUGCUCAUACCCAUCGCUUCUGAAUGUUUUAUUUUCCCAUAUAAUGUUACAGCAACCUGCAGCUGAUUGAUUUUUUUUUUUUUUUAAUUAUUAUUGUGGGGAUGAUUUUGUUGCCUCAGCAUUUACCUUGUUUUAAAGUAUUAAUAAACUAAUGAUAUAACCGUUGUUUUGGGUGCUUGCAUGUUUUAAGCUUAAGUUAUUUAGACAUGUAGUGGAAAAACUAAUAUCCCAACAUUUAGACCUGCUCAGGUUUAUAGUUGUAGUUAACUAUUUAUUUUGAAUUGCUGUACAUUACAGAAGACAAUUGGUCUUUUUUAAAAUAUUCAUACAUUUAAUAAAUAAGUAGCACUUUGCAGACUAUGAUUUGAAAUGCAAAAAUCCUAAGACUGUAUUUUGAUUAGCUAUAAAUAUUGCCUUCCAAUGUAUAGGAUAAAGCAGUUCAAAUAAACUCCGCUGUAAGGCAAAUCCAACAAUUUAACAUAAAGUAUAGCAGGCCUAUAAAGGCUGAUAUACUCUACGUUUCAAGAGCUUUAUAAUUGUUUAGCGCAUUUAUGUUUAUAAAAAAGCAGCAAAAGUGAAUCCUAGAAAUGUGUACACUUUUACUGAUAGUUCUGAGAUUUUCUUCCACCACAUGGAUUAUUACAACAAUAAAAAAGCAAUUGAUUCACAAGUUUAUCACCUAUGACGUUGAUGAUAAUGAUAUUGAUGAUGAUAAUAAUAAAUAUGUUGUUGAUGUUGCAAUCUCCAUGAUGAUGAUGAUAACACUGAUGUGGAAGUUAUUUGUGCUGUUGUUGUUGAUGUUGAUAAGCAGUGAUUAUUAAAAUAAGAAGGAAAAACUAUUUACACAGCUA